GGCGGUGUCAGAGAGGCUCCCAGGGGGCUCUGAGGAGGGCAGGGGACGGAGACCACCCCCAGCUCAGCACCGAGACGGUUUUUCACUGAGUGCGGCCGGCUCAGUGCCCGGCUGCUCCUCUUCCUCGCCACCCCGGGCGAGGGCGAUGGGGGCGGAGAGGCCCGGCGGGGCGGGAGGCGGGUUCCCCGGCCGGCCAGGGCUGCGGCAGCGGCAGCGCCCCGCCGAGCGGCGCCGAGCCCCGGGAGCCGAGCUGCGAGGAUGGCUCGGGAGCUGAGCCAGGAGGCCGUGCUGGACUUCUUGUGGGGGGCCGGCGGGCGAGCCCCCAACGCGGCGCUGCUCCGCCACUUCCAGGCUUUCCUCCGCGACCCGGCGCUGACGGCCGAGCAGCGGGGCGAGCGCCGGGAGCGCUUCAAGCGCCUCGUCAACUCCGUGGCCACCGUGCGCCCCGCCGGCCCCGGCGCCUCCAAGGACAUCGUCCUCCGCCGCAGGUACCGAGACCUCCUCGACGAGGAGCUGCCGCCGCCGGGGGAGCACCGGCCGCAGGAGGAGGAGGAACAGGAGGAGGAGGAGGAGGAGGAGAAGCAGCAGCGACCCCCGCCGCCCCCAUGCCAGCCCGGCCCGUCGGGGAAGGCGCUGGAGAAGGGGCAGCACCCCCCGGGAGCCGUGUCGGGGGGCUGCGCCUCCCGGGGCCGCGGGGGGCUGUGCUGCGAGUGCCGCCGGGCGCUCCGCGAUGCCGCCGCCCGGCCGCCCCCCUACCGGAGCCGCCCGCUGGCUUUGGGGUCGGGGACGCCGCUCUUCGUGUCCCCGCCGCCCUACCGGCCCCCGCAGCCGCCCCCCGCCGCUCCUGCCCGCUCCCCGGCCCUUCCCCGGGGGCUGCCGCCCUCUGGGGCAGCCCCCGCGGGGUCCCUGCCAGCGGCGGACCCCAAGGGACCGCCCCCUGCUCGGUCCCUGCCGCUGCCCCCUGGCCCCAGGCUGCCCCCAUCCCAGUCCCCACCGCUGCCCGCUGCCCGCUUGCCCCAUACCAAGGCCCCGCCACCAUCGGCAGGCUCAGGGGUACGAUCCCCUGCCGGGCCAUCCCAGCCCCUGCUGCUGUCCCCAAGCCCCAGGGUGCCACCCCCCAGCAGGCCACCCCAAGCCCGGACCCCGCAGCCACCCCGCCGGGAGCCACCCCUGUCGCAGUCCCCGCUGUGUCGCUCAGCUCCGGGGACGCUGCCCCUGUCCCAGUCCCAGUCCCUGCAGACGCUCACUGCUGAGCGCUCCCCAUCCCAGACCCCACUGCUUUCCCCGUGCCCAGAUGCGUUACCCUCCACCCGGCUGCCCCAGUCCCAGUCCAGGUCCCUGCAGCACCUCCCCACCAGGCUGUCCCCAUCCCCACCGCAGCCGGAGGGGCCCAAGGUGCCACCCAAUGGACCAGCACGGUCCCGAGCCCCGCUGCUGCACACCCCCAGCCUGCCCUCACCCCUCACCCCGCCACCACCAGCCAGCCCCACGGUGCUGCCCCCCUGCUCCCAAUCCCCCCCGCUGACCCCUACGGGGCCACCACAAGCCCCUGAGAGCGGCCCCGCAGCCCCGCUGCCUGUCUUCAGGAGCAUCAGGUGCCAGCUGGCGUUGCUGGAGGUGCAGGGCGUCCCCCCAUCGCUGCAGGACGACAGAGGGGGGCUGCCCCGCAGCCUGCCCUCCAAGAGCUCCCCCGUGCACGUCCCAAACCGGGGGCUGGUGGUGCCGCUGGGGCAGGCGAGCACUGCCUGGCUCGUGGCGGUGUCGGCGGGGCGCUGGGCCCAGGUGCGGGGGCUGUUCCUGGAGGAGCCGGAGCUGGCCCUGCAGCGGGACUUCGUGACAGGCUUCACGGUGCUGCACUGGCUGGCCAAGCAUGGGGACGGGACGGGCCUGCAGGAGCUGGCGGGAGCGGCGCGCCAGGCCGGGCUGUCCCUGGACGUGGACGUGAGGUCGGGCUGCGGCUACACUCCGCUGCACCUGGCCGCCAUACACGGCCACCAGCUCGUCAUCAAGGUGCUGGUGCUGCAGCUGGGGUGCCAGGUGCAGGUGAGGGAUGGCAGCGGGCGCCGGCCCUGGGAGUAUCUGGGUGGCAACACCUCCGGCGAGAUCUGGCAGCUCCUGCAGGCACCCCGGGGCACCAUCAUGUUCCCCACGCAGCCCCUGGCCCGCAGCGUGUCCUCCGUCAGCAAGGCCUCGCUGCCCGCCGGCAGGGCGACGCUGGCCGCCUGCCUGAAGCCGCAGCGCAGCCGCGGGGCAGCGUCCCACCGGGUCAGCAGCGAGAGCGACUGAGAAACAGCUCCCCAGCACCCCUGCCACUGGAGGCGCAGCCAGGGGAGGCCAGGUGGGCACAGGGAGCCGCGAAGCAGGCUGGUCCUCUGGAGGAAUGUACUCUUAAAUUAUUGCAAUGAAACGUUAUCUGAGUCUCUCUGCUCUCCCUCCAAUUUCUUGCUUUUCUACGAGUGAGAGGAUGUGGCUCCUCGGCUGGAAACGUGUCUGAACCCGGGGAGGCAGCCCACGGGGCAGGCACCAGCUGCUGGGGGCACCGACAACCACCAGCGUUUGUGGGACUGUGGGUUUGGGGUCUCAGGCUCUGCUGUGAUGCUCACAGCCUCCCAACCAGGUCAGAGUGUUCCAGGGACAGCUUGCUGCUAGUCCUGGGGCUUGCAAAACGCUUGCUUACGCCACUGAAAUUCUGGGGAGUAGCUCUGGCUCCCUUUCUAACGCCGGCAGAUUAAGGAUGAGCCCCACCAUUAAAAAUGCGGUUGGUCUGGGUCUGGCCUCCCAGCAAGAGCCCUCACAGAGCGACUGUGGCAGAGGGCGGCAGCCAGAAAGCCGCGAGGGGAGGAGGGUGGUAACACACCCGCCCCGUUCCUCAGCCCUUCUCGCCCACCAGUCCCCGCAGAGAGGAAUGCAGGGCAGCACCGCGGCCCCGCUCCUCCCCACGGCUGCCCCAAGCUGCCCAGCAGCACCGAUACUUCCCCCGCUGUGUGUGCUGCUCCUCGCCCCGCAGGACGGGGAAGUGGUACCCGUGCUGUGGCUCCAGAGGCCCGUUCCCACACCUCGGGGUCACAGAGCAUCACUUCAGGGAUUUGGGUUGGACAGACAAGGAGCUGUGCCAUGGUGUGGGCCCCAGGCUCGUGGGGUUAAGGAAGUGUUGCAGCCAGAGCUGUGUUUCUCCAGAGACCCCAGUCCUAAAUUGCCUCAGAGGUGUUUUGGGGUUGAAUGGGGGCCCAGGUGCAAGGAAGUGACAUCCAGUACAGUCAUUCAAACCACACAUGGGCUUUAGGAAUCCCACUGGAUCAAGAGGAAUAAGAGAAUGACAUGCAGGAGGUGGGACUGCUGAUGUAUUUGAGGUAUGUGCCUAAAUGCCUGCAGUUUCAGGGAGGAACAGGACCCGGGGCAGCAGAACCUGACCGUUGCAUAACAUGCGUGCUGGGGAAUGCCUCGAGUCCGCGUUCAAGCCCUAAUUGAGGUCUCCGCUCUGCUUGGGGUUUGAGGGAGGAACUCUUCCCUUGCAGAAGGGAAGCUCGUCUGUCUGUCUCUGUGGCCACAAAAGGUAGUGGCCUUUUUCCAGCCCAGUUUUCUCCUUUUUGCAAGGGAAAGAGCGAACUCAGCAAACCAAGGUAGCAUCCUGUGAACAAUCACUCCUUGCUCUGAGAAGAGUUCAAUGCAAACUUGAGCUCACAAGAAAUUCAGCUCUGACUCGACCUCUGAGCCACUGGCACGGGCACCUGAAGGGCUCCCCAGGACUCCUGCAGCAGGAGCCCUUGGUGCCUCCCUUCCUCUUACUUCCAGCUGGGGGCUGGAGCCUGGAUUAACACAAAUGUGCAAAGCAGCUGUUGCUUGCUCAAGUCUGUUCCACCACAUUCAGAGCUGUUGCCACAAUUCACGUCGCACACCAGGCUCCCUUGGGGAAGUGCUCUCUAAAGGCUUCCCUGAGCUUCAGCUAGAAGCCCUGAAAAGCAACCCGCUGGUGGGGGGUACCAGGCAUGCCAGAGCCUUGGCAUACAGAGAGCUUCAGGGAAGAAAUACAAAAAGAAAGAAGUUUGUGGAGAGACUAGAGCUCGCUGAGGGCACAGGACACGUACAUUGUGUGAUCAGAAACAAGGCUCCUUCCCUGGAGUGGCCAUUACCCCUCCUCUGUCUGGGGGAGAGCAUACUUCUGCUCACAGACACCCAAAGCUUCUGAAGCAGCUGGUUUAGCCCCCUAAUAUCUCUGGCGUUUCUAAGACAAAGACUGAGCAGGACAAUGUUACCUUGGGGUUCUCGUUUUACAGUCUUUCCAUGACCUUUCUCCAUGACGCAAA